GCCGCCGCCGCUCAGCUCCCCGGCGCGUCCAGGACCCGCUGCGCCACGCGCGCCAUCCCCGGACCCGGCGUGCUUGCCGCGAGGAGCUGGACCCCGCCGUAGGACCUCCUCGCCCCCGCGUCCUGCGGCCGUCGCCACCCGCGGCCAGGGCCCCGGAGCCAGCGCGACUGCCUUCGCCCCAGCCCCGAGACCCUCCGCCUUCCCGAGCGAGCGCCAUGGACGCCCCGGGGCCACAGCCCGACCCCGACGGCGGGGACGCCCCAGGCCACGAGCCCGGGGGCAGUCCCCAGGACGAGUUCGACUUCUCCAUCCUCUUCGACUAUGACUAUCUGAAUCCCAUCCCAGAAGAACCGAAUGCACAUAAGGUCGCCAGCCCACACUCCGGAAUCUACCCCGAUGAUGUCCCGGACUAUGGCCCCAAGCCCUACAGCCCCCUGGCCAGUUUCCCGGGCGAGCCCCCCGGCCGGUUCGGAGAGCCGGGUAGGGUCGGGCCCCCGAACUUUCUGAGCCCGGCCAAGCCAGCGGGGGCCUCGGGCCUGAGCCCUCGGAUCGAGAUCACUCCGUCCCACGAACUGAUGCAGGCAGGGGGGUCCCUCCGCGCCAGGGACUGCGCCCUGCCGGUGGAGCCGCCGGCGGCCGGCCCGAGGUUCACGCUGCCCGUGCCCGGCUUCGAGGGCUACCGCGAGCCGCUUUGCUUGAGCCCCGCUAGCAGCGGCUCCUCUGCCAGCUUCAUUUCCGACACCUUCUCCCCCUACACCUCGCCCUGCGUCUCGCCCAAUAACGGCGCGCCCGACGACCUGUGUCCGCAGUUUCAAAACAUCCCUGCUCAUUAUUCCCCCAGAACCUCGCCAAUAAUGUCACCUCGAACCAGCCUCGCCGACGACAGCUGCCUGGGCCGCCACUCGCCCGUGCCCCGUCCGGCCUCGCGCUCCUCGUCGCCCGGCGCCAAGCGGAGGCACUCGUGCGCCGAGGCCCUGGUCGCCCCGCGGCCCGCAGCCUCGCCCCAGCGCUCGCGCAGCCCCUCGCCGCAGCCCUCGCACGCGGCGCCCCGGGACGGCGCUCCCCCGGCCGCGCUCGGCCCCGCGGGGCCCGCCGUGCUCAUGGACGCGCUCAGCAGCCUCGCCGCGGACUCGCCCUGCGGGAUCCCCCCCAAGAUGUGGAAGACCAGCCCGGACCCCGCGCCCGUGGCGGCCGCCCCGGCCAAGGCCGGCCUGCCCCGCCACAUCUACCCGGCCGUGGAGUUCCUGGGGCCCUGCGAGCAGGAGGAGCGCAGGAACUCGGCCCCCGAGUCCAUCCUGCUGGUGUCGCCCACCUGGCCCAAGCAGCUGGUGCCGGCCAUUCCCAUCUGCAGCAUCCCAGUGACCGCGUCCCUUCCGCCCCUCGAGUGGCCACUCUCCAAUCAGUCGGGCUCCUAUGAGCUGCAGAUUGAGGUGCAGCCCAAGCCACAUCACCGGGCCCACUAUGAGACGGAGGGCAGCCGAGGGGCUGUCAAAGCCCCCACAGGAGGCCACCCUGUGGUUCAGCUGCACGGCUACAUGGAGAACAAGCCGCUGGGGCUCCAGAUCUUCAUUGGGACGGCCGACGAGCGGAUCCUCAAGCCGCACGCCUUCUACCAGGUGCACCGGAUCACGGGGAAAACCGUCACCACCACCAGCUACGAAAAGAUCGUGGGCAACACCAAGGUCCUGGAGAUCCCCCUGGAGCCCAAGAACAACAUGCGGGCAACCAUCGACUGCGCCGGGAUCCUGAAGCUGCGCAAUGCGGACAUCGAGCUGCGCAAGGGCGAGACGGACAUCGGCAGGAAGAACACCCGUGUGCGCCUGGUGUUCCGCGUGCACAUCCCCGAGGCCAGCGGCCGCAUCGUCUCCCUGCAGACGGCGUCCAACCCCAUCGAGUGCUCCCAGCGGUCCGCCCAUGAGCUGCCCAUGGUGGAGAGACAGGACAUCGACAGCUGCCUGGUCUAUGGGGGCCAGCAGAUGAUCCUCACGGGCCAGAACUUCACGGCCGAGUCCAAGGUCGUGUUCACGGAGAAGACCACAGAUGGGCAGCAGGUCUGGGAGAUGGAAGCCUCCGUGGAUAAAGACAAGAGCCAGCCCAACAUGCUUUUUGUCGAGAUCCCUGAGUAUCGGAACAAGCACAUCCGCACCUCCGUGAAGGUGAACUUCUACGUCAUCAAUGGGAAAAGAAAACGAAGCCAACCUCAGCACUUCACCUACCACCCAGUCCCAGCCAUCAAGACGGAGCCCACUGAUGAGUAUGACCCUUCUCUGAUCUGCAGCCCCGCCCCCGGGGGCCUGGGGAGCCAGUCUUAUUACCCACAGCACCCCAUGGUGGCCGAGUCCCCCUCCUGCCUCGUGGCCACCAUGGCUCCCUGCCAGCAGUUCCGCUCAGGGCUCUCGUCCCCUGAUGCCCGCUACCAACAGCAGAACCCAGCGGCCGUCCUCUACCAGCGGAGCAAGAGCCUGAGCCCCAGCCUGCUGAGCUACCAGCAGCCGACCCUCAUGGCCGCACCCCUGUCCCUCGCGGACGCCCACCGCUCCGUGCUGGUGCAUGCCGGCUCCCCGGGGCAGAGCUCGGCCCUGCUCCACCCCUCCCCGGCCAGCCAGCAGGCGCCCCCAGUGAUCCACUACUCGCCCGCCAACCAGCCGCUGCGCUGCGGGAGCCACCAGGAGUUCCAGCACAUCAUGUACUGCGAGAACUUCCCGCCAGGCGCUGCCCGGCCCGGCCCGCCUCCCGUCAGUCAAGGGCAGAGGCUGAGCCCUGGCUCCUACCCCACCGUCAUCCAGCAGCAGAAUGCCACAAGCCAAAGAGCCGCCAAAAACGGACCCCCGGUCAGUGACCAAAAGGAAGUAUUACCUGCGGGAGUGACCAUUAAACAGGAGCAGAACUUGGACCAGGCCUACUUGGACGAUGAGCUGAUAGACACACACCUUAGCUGGAUACAAAACAUAUUAUGAAACAGAAUGACUGUGAUCUUUGAUCCAAGAAACCAAAGUUAAAGUCAAUGAAAUUAUCAGGAAGGAGUUUUCAGGACCUCCCUCCAGAAACCAGACGUAGAAGCAGCCAUCAUCGCAAGACAUUCGUGCCUCGGACCCCCACCUGGAGCCCUCGCCGCCCUCGCUUCUGUCCUUCUCUGUUCAUCUCCUGGCCAGAGGCCCCACGGGAGCCGUGCUCGGGCCAGCUGCUGGCGCAGGAGCUUGCCGCCUCUCUCUGGAAACGCCAGAGCACCUCUUCCUUUUGAAUUUCGAGUCCCAAAGACCAUCCCGGUUGACCUUCACAGUGACCCAUCUGGAUAUCAAGUGCCUGCUGACCAGAACCACAUUGUGAAUGUGGCGGGAAGCUGGAACUCGCCCGAGACCGGAGUGGCUGGAGUUGGAGGGGAAGGGCUGGGGACGAGGUGGGCCCUGAUGGAGCCCCAGACCCUGCGUUCACUUUUCCAGGUUCUGGGAACAGCUCCCGGCCCUUUUGAGGGAGACAGGGCCUGAGAGCAACCACGGGAAUGUGGCCGCCGAGUCCAGCUGAUGGCUGACGAACCCCACACCCUCGAGGCCGAGGCUGAGUCUGGACCGUUGUCCGUGGUGCUCUCCUCACAGCGGGCCACAGCGGGAGCUUUAUUUUGGAAUUUUCUCCUUCCAAAGCAAACUGCCUUGCCCAGACUAGAUCCCCAGUCACGACUCCUCGGUGUUGACGUGUACACGGUUGUUAUUUUUAUUCUAUGCUUCAAAGAGCUGGCCAAGGAGGCUGGGGGCUGGACCUUCUUGGCCAGCAGCUGUCUCCCCCUGCUGCCCACAGCCAGCGCUAGUGUCCCGGAUGGGGCGCUGCCCGGCCUGCUGCCGCUGUCCACUGUGCUCCUCGAGAGUCCUCCCCGUCUUCCUCCCGGCCAGCACACUCAUGGAGUAUCUAGGAGAGCCUCAGGCCUGCGUAUUGAAUGUCAGGGACGAGGCGGAAGGGCCACAGCAGCAAGAAAAAAAAAAGUGCAAGAUUUUCGUCCAAAACACCCAAGUACAAGAUCAAACAAAAGGGUUGGAUUCCCUCUCUGCUCCAAACUCAAGAGUAAAACAGGGAGCCUCAGGCGCUGGCCCCCAGGAUCAUGGGUGGCUUUUACCCGAGUCCAUUUAAAGCUCCCCUCAACCCCAAGCGCUGGCCCUAGCACCCCUCCUGCAUGAGCAGAGCGUCCAACAGCAGCAGGUCUGUGUGAUCCCCAGCUGCACAAGGCCCUGCACAGGAUUGCUCCUUGGGUGCCGUUUCUGCAGAUGAAACCCUGGGCUUUCUUGGCAGGUGGUUAUCACACAGAUGUGCAUGAUGGCAUUUAUCACAGGCACCAGGACAAGCUGGGCUUUCUCUCUCGGCCGUUCAGUCGAUUCCUUAGCAGUCAACCACAAAGUGGAAAUAUCCUCAGCCUGUACUUGGAGGGGUUUCUCAGUCCAGUCUGUUUUACCCAAGGCCUAGGAGGAGAGCCCGGCUGUUAAGCAUGCACAGUGGCUUUUCUAAGUCCCUGCUAGCCAUGGGUAAGCCUUCCCGAGAGCCGGGCCCGGCAUGGCUGGUGCGCUCCACAGAGGAUGAACACCCAGUUCUGCUCUGUGCCCCCGGGGGUGUGGACCUUCUAGGUUGAUGCGGAGCAUUUAUUUCUCCUAUGAGCAGCAGACCUGAUCACCUACCCCCUGCGGAAUCGGGUAGAGUCCCUUUGAUGCGCAGAAUGCCAGGAAGAAGCGGAGCACCGCCACAGAGCUUCUGUGAUGCCGAAUUCUUCCUCAUUAACAAAGAAAAGUCCCCUCUAGCAGCUUUACCUAAGGCAUUCCCUCUCCAGCAGUACUUACUUUGCUGGGGCAGAGUUUCAAGGGCUGGCUGAGUGGUUUGCUGUCACUUGGCCUGGCUGGGAGCCAUUUUUUGCACAUGAGGGAAUCAAGCCUUUCCUCAGUUGUCUGAAUGUUUUACCCAAGUGCCUUCCUGCAAUUGUCGCAAAGGAGCUCGGCUUCCCCGUCCAUGGGGCGAGAGAGGGACUAACACAUUUUCCAGCCACCUUCUCACCAUGGUUGCAAAAAGGGCUUCCUGGCAGCUCAGGCGUGCGUGCGUGUGUGCGUGAUGCAUAAAUAUAACCCCCUUUCUCCAGGACUGCUGGAGACAAAGUAUUUUCAUAGCAACUGAACCGAACAGCAGAGGAAAGGAAGCGUUUGUCUAGAGACACAAGCAGGCCAGAGAAAGUAUAUCCGGAACCGACGGCUUCAAAGGUUUUGUUUUGUCCGUCGUCGUCAAUGCCAGGAGGAAGCUCGGCCGAGAGUAAAUCGUGCGAGAAAUAUUUUCAGCAAGGGAAGAGGCAGUAAGAUCCUCCAAGAGGACGAGACAGUAAGGGCGGCUAAAUGGGAAAGAUGGGUAUGUCGCAGGUGUCAGAGGGACCCCAGGCAAGUCGAGGUCUGUACGUGCCACAUCACGGCCACGUACGUUAUGUUGCGCUGGCAAAUCCGUCAGGUUGCUGAAUGUACUGUUCUUCUAAAGUUUGCAAGUCUUCCUGCGUUAUACAAAAAUACUGCUGCUUGAUAAUAUAUAUGGCAAUCCAGAUUAAUUAGUAUGUUAUUAAAUUUUAUUUUCUUACCUGUAUUUUUAUGCUUUUUUUUUUAAUCUGCCCUCAAAAUAUUGCAUUCCUGAAUUAGAAAAUAUUUAUAAAUGGUCAGAAAUCUUUUUAAGUGUCUCUUUUUACAUAUAUGUUGAUUAUUUUUCUGUAAGAGAAAUGGUGUAUUCUUGAAAACUUUUUGUAAAUCAUUCCAGGAAACAAACCAAAAUCCCCACAUCUGGGCCUGGUGGGUGCUUAGGGUAGCAGGAGCCAGCACCUCAGACAAGAAAGGGGACGGUUCUGUGGAAGAAGAAUCCAUCCUUUUCUUGCCCAAGAGUGGUGCUUGCUUUCUGCAGGCCGAGCCUGGGUUUUGUCACCGAGAAUUGUAAAUAAACGAUCUAGAUGGUGAUUUUUUGAUAUUUAAAGCAACAACAGAACCCUGCCUGCGUAGUAAUGGAAUCCAGAGAGUUCCUACUGACAGGACCCCAGGUGCAGGCUGAUCUGGACAGAGUUGAGCAAAUCAGAGUCCUGAUAGGUGACCCCAUAUGCAUUAUCCACAGGACCUCCGCAGUUUUCCCACACAGACGUCACCAAGGACGAACUGAGCCGCUCCCUCCAGGAAUGUUGGAGCGCUGCUCUGCAGACCUGCAUCCAACAGCCAAGACAUCUGUCUCAGCGAGCCAGCCUCGGCCAGGGCUGGAGCUGUCACACGGCAAUGUGUUCUGGUUGUCACUCGGGACUGAAAGAGGCUCUGUUUAUUUUCAUGUUACAAAAACCACUUUCCACGUGCUUCCUGUUUGGGAUUGAGGGGCUCUCCGAGGUCCACUUGACAACUGUGCUCAUUUCUCAUUGACAAGUGGCACGGGGGUUGUGACGUUCUUGACAAGACGGGUAACCAUUCCCGAACUCGUGUUCUGGAGGGAUAGCCCUUCAGGGACCUGACACGUCUUAACCUCAGGUCUCCCAAGCGGGGGACGUGGGCACCAUACCAGUUUGUCACACAGUGAGGUUUUCCCGCAGUCCAACCACAUGCUUAGAGGAAAGCAGUGUCCGACCCUCAGCUCUCCUGGGGCCCUCAAGUUAUAGCCAACAUUACUGUCUUAAUUCACUUUCAAAACAAAAAUAACUUUGAUGAUUGGCAAGAAGGGUGCUUCCCAGGCAAGCCCCUCCAAAAACGCAGUGUGGUCCUGUGAGCCGCUGGGACUCUGUUCAACGCUAUCCUCCUGCAGCCGCGGGCAGGCUCGGCUCCCCUGCCAGGUCGGGGCUGGGCUGGGCUGGGCUGCAGAGGACGCUGCAGCAUGUGAGCAGAGGCGCCCAGCGUUGUGGCUCGCCUGAGCAGAGGUGGCCGUGGGCCCAGCAGUCCAGCUUCUGGACACCCUGGCUGACACUCUCACUGGCCGCCAUGGCUCCUGCAGCUCUCCGGGAGAACACGCGGGGUCGUAAUGGGGUUCUCCAGACAUCAGCGGCCCCAGCAGCGCCGUGCUGGAAGGUUUGAGAAUCCUGACUGGUCAAGGGGUUAGAAUACAUCACAUUCCUAUGCAAAAUGGUUUUUAACCUGCAGUUUAAUGUAGUUUAUUUUUGCUAUAUGUAAAGUAUUUUUAUACGGCUUGUAUUAUGAUAGUUGAGCAAUAAAAUGGUUGAAAGCAA